AGCUUUGUGACGUCAGGCGGCCGGCGGGCGGCGUCACGCGCGGGGCUGACCCGGCGCGGGGCGGGGGCCGGGCCGGGCCGCGGAGCAUGGAGCCGCGGGCCGGCUGCCGGCUGCCCGCGCGGGUGGAGCAGGUCGUCAACGGCGCGCUGCUGGUCACCGUGAGCUGCGGCCCGCGCAGCUUCGCCGGGAUCCUGCUGGACUGCACCAAAAAGUCCGGCCUCUUCGGCCUGCCCCCGUCGGCUCCGCUGCCCCAGGCCCAGGACCCCCCCGUCCACGGCUGCCCCGGCCCGGCCCCCGCGGCGGGGGACGCAGAGGCGAUGCCGCUGGGGACGGGCGGCCCGCCACCCCCCGGCGGGGCCCGGCCCCCCGAGACCGCCGGCCCGGAGCCGCCGCCGGCCCUCGUGCCGCCGCUGCCCGCCGGCAGCCUGCCCCCGUUCCCGCCCUACUUCGAGGGCGCCCCCUUCCCUCCCCCGCUCUGGCUGAGGGACACCUACAGGCAGUGGGUGCCGCAGCCGCCCCCGCGGGGCAUCAAGAGGACCCGGAGGCGCCUGUCCCGCAACCGCGACCCCGGCCACCCGGCCCUGAGCCCCAUCCGCCUGCGGCCACGCCAGGUGCUCUGUGAGAAGUGCAAGAGCACCGUGAGCCCCCCGGAGGCCGGCCCCGGCCCCCCGGCCGCCCCCCGGCCGCGCAGGGAGCCCCGCAAGCCCGAGGACCCUGACGGCGGAGGCGACGCGGCCGUGGCGAAGAGGAGCAGGCGGGAGAGGCGGGAGGCGGCGCGGGUCCCGCGGAGCCCGGUCAUCAAGAUCUGCUACAGCACGCCCCAGGGCACCGGCGAGGUGGUGGAGAUCCCCUCCCGCGUGCACGGCUCCCUGGAGCCCUUCUGCCCCCCAGAGGCCCCGCCCGGGGGAGGCCCGGACCCCGAGGCGCCCAGGGACAGGCCACCCGGCGGGGGGCCCGCCUCCAUCCCAAAGCUGAAGCUGACGCGGCCCCCCCCCGCCGGCGCCGCCCCGCCGCCCCCCAAGAUCCGCCUGAAGCCGCGCCGCCUGGAGGCCGGCGAGCGGGAGCCGCUGUACAGGGCCGAGCUGGUGGAGGGGCUCGAGGGCUGUGGGCGCGGCCCCCGGGCCGGCUCGCCCGCGCCCCUGGCCGACGGCGCUGCCCGCGGUGGGCUGGCGGACUCGUCUUCCGGGAGCUCCGGCGAGGACGAUGACUGCAAGGGGCGUCCCCGGGGUGAGCACGAGCCCGGCGGCCUGGCUUUUCUCGCUGCCUGUCCCCGGAGGACUGGCUGUGCCAGCGCGUCCGCGUGGAGCAGCGACAGCCUAGACGAGUCCAAAUCCUCCAGCUCAGAAGUGACGUCACCAGACACGUGUGACCUCUCGUCCGGCGACGGCGCCUCGGUGCCGUCCUCGUCCAAGGAUGCGCGGCCAACUGUGCCGCCCCUGACGGUCAGGCUGCACACACAGAGCGUCUCCAAGUGCGUUACCGAAGACGGAAGGACCGUGGCCGUAGGGGACAUCGUGUGGGGGGUGCUGUGGGAGAGAUCCCCUGACUGUGACGGGUCCCGGAGGCCGGAAGGAUGUGCCAGAGGACGGAGGCUGAAACCAGGACGGGGGGUCAGUCAGAGGGCCACAGGGGGCGGGGGGUAGAGGCCCAGGGGCCGGGCUGGGGCGCUGGGCGCUCCCGGACCUCAGGGACCGCUGUGCCCUUUGCUGGUCGCAGAGGGGGUGCUCUAGUUGCCAGGUCUCGGCUGGGAGGCAUCUUGGGGUCCAGCCUCAGAAGAGCGUUGGGCUGGGUGGUGGAUUUGUGGGAUGAUGAGGUCGUGGCAGGGGUGGGGCAGUGUAGGAAGGGGCCCCACGGAAUGGCCGCUCGAGGGGGAAGCUCAGAGCAGUGGAGAGGCGGACAGCGGUGGCCAGAGGUGUGAGGCCCGUGGGAGCCCAGGAGGGAGGGCUGGACAGAGAGUGGGCAGCACGGUGGACUGAGGACCCGGGGGGAGGCAGUGGGCACGCAGGGACGGGGUGGGGGCCUCGCCCACCCUGCAGGCCCCCCCAGGGAGAAGCAGGCGGUGAUGGAGCGGUUACUGGGUGCGUGGCCUCGGGGAGCACACCCCAAGGGCCCAGGUGGUGCGGGGACGGGUGCCCAGGUGUCCUGGGAGCCCCGACAGCAGCUUCUGUGCUGCCCUGGAGCCCAGGGAUGGAGUGAGAGCACAGAACGCCACCCCAUGUGCCAGCCUCCCAGCCCAGCGGGAAGUUCACAGGCUCCGUGUGAGCUGGGAGGGCCCCGGCCCCUUCCCUUCCCUCCCGAGCGGCCGGGCUGCUGGCCUGCAGGGAGCUUUCGGGGCUCUCUCAGCAGAGCUGCCCUUGCCAUGCCUCCCUGGGCAGCUUCUAGUGCUGGGUUUUCCGUUUCACUGAGUGGAGGGCACCCAGGGGGUGAGCCUCGUCCCCUGUGCGCGUGCAGUGGCCUCUGUCACAGAUGACCUGACACCAGGCAGCUGGAAGCAACAGAAAUCUCUUCUCACAGUUCUGGAGGCCAGAAGCCUGAAGUCAAGGUGCCGGCGGGGCUGAGCGCCCUCUGGGGCUCCAGGGAGGGUGCUCCCUGCCUCCCCCAGCCCUGGGGGCUCGGGCGCUCCUGGGCCUGUGGCCUCGUGCCACGGGGCCUCUGGCUGUGCGGACUCUCCCCGCCGCGCCCCCGGCAGGGAUGCUGUAAGGCAUCUGUGGGCCGCCGGCUUCGGCCAGCCCUCAGCCCCUCCCACCUGCCACCCCUGCCCCACGGAGGGGACGUCCCAGGUUCCAGGGUGGGGCCCCGUCGCCCGCUCAACAGCCCCGUGGGUCCGUGCACCGCUCGCGACCCCGCCGGGCCGUGCCGGGCCGGGACGGGCAGCCGGCGGUGAAGGGGCCAGAGCCAGCGCUGAGGAAGGACCCCUGUUCCAGAAGGCCGGCCCGGCCGCACCGGGGCCCCUGUCCGCUCCAGGAGGUGACUCUCCCGGGAAACAGAGACCUCGGUGGCCAGGAAACUGCCCGGAAACCACGCGGCCUGGCUGCUGGCGUCCGCCGCCCCGCCCUCUGGUCACGGCCACGGCCACGGUCACGCGGGCGGCGGCGUCCAGACCCGCCUCCAGGGUGCCCCUCUGCUCCUGCGUGUCUUCCUUUCAGGACCGCGUCCGCGGCCGAGGGCCCCCAGCGGGCCUCUCUC